AGUAUGAGAUUAACGAGUAGUCUACAGGGCAAUCAAGCAGCACACCACUAAACAGACAGUCUCUCACAUCCCAGCGGCGUCUGGCUUUAUUCUAGUUCCGUACAAAUGCGGUUGCUGUUCCUAGCAUGGCUAAGUCCCAAAACUGGAAACUGUACAACUGCCGAAAGGAUAAGGGAUCAUAUCGAGUCCGCUGGACAUACUUGUGUACUCCGCGAUACACGAGAGUUCAGUAGCCCAUCAGAUGUGGCAACACUGCUGACGAAAGAGUCAUUUGAAGGAGCACUGGCUAUUCAUCUGUUCAAAGGAGGCAGGCUUCUGUUAGAUGUCAAAGUACCCUUCGGAGUGAUUUUCGGAGGGACUGACAUUAAUGAGGAUGUAAAAGACGAACACAAGCGAUGUGUGAUGACGCAGGUGCUGCGGAGAGCCAGGUUUGCUGUGGCGUUUACAGACAAGCUCAAAGAAGCGGCCGAAGCCUUUUUGGCAUCUCAAAGCAGCAAGAUCUAUGUGCAGCCGCAAGGUAUUGAGACUAAGGUGGCUGCUGACUUCAGUUGGAGCGAGUUUCUGCGGAGCUCGGGUGUGCACGGGCAGCACAUAGAGGACCUGCGCGUGUUUCUGCUGGUGUGCGGCCUCAGAAGAGUGAAGGAUCCUCUCUAUCUUCUCCGGGCGUUUUCAGAAUGGCACAGUCAGAAUCCCCCGGUGGUCCUUGUCAUCAUCGGCCCAACGAUCGACCCCGUGUUCUCAAGGGAAGUUGAAGAGAGUAUCAGGAGUUCUGUAGGGGUGUUUCUAGCCUCGGAGAGGGAUCAGGAGGAGUUGCACGCAGUCAUGCAGAGGUCUUUUGCCCUGGUCAACUCCUCGAUCUCUGAGGGCAUGUCCGCCGCCAUUUUAGAGGCCAUGGACCUAGGAGUGCCAGUUUUAGCCAGAAAUAUACCUGGCAAUGCAGCAAUAGUCAAACAUGAAGUCACAGGAUUACUGUAUUCCUCCCCAGAGGAGUUCAUUUGCCAGGCGAAAAGGCUUCUGAAUGAUGCCGAGCUGCUGGCAACUGUCACCAGGAAUGGAAAACACUACAUAAAGGAACAUCACGACUCUGCCGGCGAAAGACGGACCUAUCAGCAGUUAGUUACCAUGUUAUUUUAAUGCUUAACUCCGCCCACA